CAGAAGCUGGAAGUAGAGUAGCGGAAGUGUGCGCUAUCGCUUGAAAGAAGAAGCUAGCUGAGGGAUUAAACUGUUUACGGUCGGGUUUUUUAACCCUCCGCUCUAACGGAAUGUAGUAUAUCAAAACCUUGAACUUGCAUAUGUAUCUUUACACAGCUUACAGUAGAGGAAAGCUAUGUCGCUGUCAGCAGCUCAGUUCCUGGACGAGAUAAACGCGCAAGCAGAAAUAAAGGUGUGACCACAACAGUUGGCGUUUCGGGGUCCAGCUACAGGCCAGCGUGCGUGGUCAUUUGUGUGCCUGCUUCGUGUUGUUAUAAGUGAGUGGCUUAGCAGCUGGGGGUUGCAAAGUGAUGCCAAGAUGCUGCUGUCCCUGGGAAUGCUGAUGCUGUCGGCCACACAGAUUUACACCAUCUUCACCGUUCAGCUCUUCGCCUUCCUCAACCUGCUGCCCGUGGAGGCCGACAUCACUGCUUUCUCAUUUGACAACAAAACGGACACCUUUGAUGAUUUGCCCGCAAGGUUUGGCUACCGGCUCCCCAGCGAUGGACUUAAGGGCUUCCUGAUUGGCGCUCGACCAGAAAAUGCCUGCGAGCCCAUCGAACCCCCGCCGAAGGAAAACUUGACGGGCAACUUCAUCGUCCUCAUCAAGCGGUUUGAAUGCAACUUUGACAUCAAGGUCCUCAAUGCCCAAAAAGCCGGCUACAAGGCAGCCAUUGUUCACAAUGUGGAGUCGGAUGACUUAAUCGGCAUGGGAUCCAACGAUGUGGAUAUCAUGAAGCAGUUGGUUAUCCCGUCUGUGUUUGUGGGCGAGGAGACUGCCAACACUCUGAAAGAGGACUACAUGUAUGACAAGGGCGGCCACGUGGUCCUCCUGCCAGACUUCAGUCUGCCUCUGGAAUACUACCUGAUCCCCUUCCUCAUCAUCGUGGGAAUCUGCCUCAUCCUCAUUGUGGUCUUUAUGAUCACCAAGUUUGUCCAGGAUCGACACAGAGCUCGGAGGAGCCGCCUGCGCAAAGAUCAGCUGAAGAAGCUUCCCAUCCACAAGUACAAGAAAGGUGAUAACUACGAUGUGUGUGCCAUCUGCCUGGAUGAAUAUGAAGAGGGAGAUAAACUCAGAGUCCUGCCGUGCUCUCAUGCCUACCACAGCAAGUGCGUGGACCCGUGGCUGACCAAGACUAAGAAGACGUGUCCGGUGUGCAAGCAGAAGGUGGUGCCCUCGCAGGGCGACUCGGACUCUGACUCUGAGGAGGGGGAGAGCGGCCCCGAGAACGAGGAGGUGUCUGAGAGCACCCCGCUGCUGCGCUCCCUGGCCUCCACCAGCGCCCACUCCUUCGGCACCAUGUCCGGGGCGUCGCGCUCCGAGCACGACCAGGAAUCCUCGGAGUACGAGGACGACGAGCUGGACAGCAGCGACACCGAGGAGGAGGUCACCGUGGAGACGGUGGUGGUGCAGAUGCAGCAGCCGUGCUCGGAAGGCCACGAGCACGACCUGCCCCGAGCUUGACCGACGUGUCGCUUAGAAGCUCCUCGGCCUGCCCGACCUCACAGCUGCAGAGACUUUUGUUGUGGGCACAACGCAGAGUCAUCCCAGUUCUUCUCUCACUGCUUACAAAUCCAUUGUAAUUUCCUUCUCACAAAAUACAAAUCUUAAGUUUUUGUUUUUUAUCAUGAUUAUGGACGAAGCUCCAGUCUGCAUCGCUUUGGCCAGACUGAUGCGUACAGUACACUGCCAUACUGUACUCUUUAUUUAGUCGUAAAAAGAUGACACACAAGCAGACGAGUCCAAAGGUCCCGGACACACCAUCAGUAAAUGUACUGUGUAUAUAAAUAUAGAUCACAAUAAAGGACAUCUUGCAUUUAUUGUAUAUACAUGUUCAUGCUACAGUGACACAGGUUGGACCACUAUGCACCAUUGGUUUUAUAAAAUUAACACUUUGAGCCACAGUGAUGUGGUUUGCCAAUUUAUUUCUAUCAUUAACCUUUGUUUUGUUUAAGGAGCUCUUGUGUUUUGUGCCACAGUUUGUUACAGUGAUUCACACCAAGAGAAGCUCCAGUUCAACUGGUCUGAGUGACACACUGGAAGAAGAGGGUGUGCUCUCCGUGUGGUGUCACAUGAAGCUGUGGGUUACACCAGUUCAGAUUGUGAGAACUGUCCGUCGCCUGUGGUGAACUUAAUUUCGUUAAACUUGAGCAGAUGCUGUUCGGUAGGCCUCAUGGUGCACGCUCAACUGACCCGAUGUAUUUUUAAGACUGUUUGUAGUAAAUAAUCAAAUUUUUUUUUUUCAUAACACAGCUUGAUUUUUUUCGUUCGUAAAUCCUGUUGCCUUCUCAUUUCAUGUAUUUUUUGUUUUCCUGCUCAAACAUCUCUGUAAAACUUCAAUAAAACGCCUGACGAAGAAA